AUGUCUCUGCGAGUGUUACCGCUUCUCUACAUCAACCUGGGCGGCGAGAUGAUGUACAUCCUUAACCAGCGACUCAAGGCCCAGAAGAUCGCGCUGGACAAAGCGCACAAAGUGAUCACGGACAUCGUGAGCACCAUGUUCAACGUUCGCUUUGUCGAGGAGUUGUUCAAGCCGCAGGAAUUGUACUCCAAGAAGGCGGUGCGCUCCAUCUUCGAGAAGCUCACACACGCGUCCAUCAUGAGACUCAACGCGGCCAGCAUGGACAAGCUGUACGACCUAAUGACGAUGGUGGUCAAGUACCAGACGUUCAUGUGCUCUUCGCCCGGCGACCUUCUGGCGGUCACCCUGAACCACCUGGAUGCCAUCGGAAGCUACGUGGCAACAGCGCGCCCAGUCCACGCCCAAGUGCAGAACGUCCUCGGCGUCCUCCUCAAGAACUACCAGAACCUGAGUGUCGGGGAGUACCAAAUGAUCCGGUACGCACUCCUUGGUUUCUUUCAAGACCUGCGGAUCCGCGUGUCCGUGUUCCUAAAGACCGGAGUUCAACAUCCGAACGGACUCUUCGAAAUUCCGACUUCGGGCCCAGUUCCACCGGGUUUCGAAGUUCCCGGAACUGUCAGGGCGGCUAGUGACCGAGACGCCUGCGACGGAGGGCUCCUGGUGACGAUCGACACACCCAAGGCGGGAAGCGACGAGCUGAGCCAGGUGCUUGCCAACCUGACCAUGGAGCAGGACAGCGGCAGCGCAGAGAACGAUCUCCUGGAGCUCAUGGACAGCGCCAACUGA